GCAGGACUCGACAGAGUGUACUCAGCACUCUGUCGCAGUACCAUCUGCGCCUCCGCAGACCACCGUCUCCCCUCCUUCCCCGCCACGACUACCGACGCGUCGAGCCAUUCGCUCAACCCGUUGCAGCGAGCAGCUCGCUACUCGCGAGGACGUCGUGUCCUCUCUUCUGGACUUCAGCAUGCUCCAGGCUCGUCAGGAGCGAUUCACCCUCCAUGUCGCUUUACUGCGUCGCCUUCUCGCCAUCCUCUCUGACCUUGAUCGCACCCUCCCGAUCAUCCCAGUACGACUCGGGACCUCCACGAGGGUGUACUCAGCGCUGUGGGAUUCUGGUUCUCGGGGCGACUUCAUUCACCCACGCGUGGUGAAAGAAGCCCGCUUACCCACGACAGGGUCUCCGACUCCCAUCUCCGUUACCCUAGGGGAUGACAAGACCCAGCGCUUCUUCGAUCAGACGGUCACCGACCUCCCUUUCUUCCUCACUCUCGAGCCGACUGAUCGUUCUCCGACGUCUCGUCGCCACCGCUCCUCUGCACAUUUCGAUGUGAUGGAGACGGGGUACGACUUCAUUCUCGGCACUCCGUGGUCUCGUCGGUUCCGCAGCACCGAGGCCGAUUGGGCGACCAACACUCUCGUUCUCAAAACGAAGUGUGGACAGACGUAUCGCGUACCUUUCAUAGGUACCACCGCGACACCACGCCCCGAUGCUCCUCCCCCGGAGUCUUCCGUGCCCACACCAUCUCCUUCUAUCAUUGUCACCUCGCCUCGGCAGUUCGCCCACUUCAUCCGACAGGACAACGUCACCUUCUUUAUGGUGAACGUGACGGAUCUCUUAUACUAUGAUCCACCCUGUCCCGACGCCGAGCUCAUCCCUCUAGAGCCAGAUCCUCCUUCUAUCUCCAUGGCUCCCAUCUCUACUUCCGUCCCUCCGCCGUCCGUCGAGUCCACUCCGUCGUCGCACGCUGACGCUGACGCUGAAGAACUCGCACGAUAUACGGCUGACCUGGAGCCCGCAGUUCGUGACCUCAUCCGAGAGUACCACGACGUUUUUCCAUCAUCAUUCUCGUACGCCGGCAUCCCACCGAUGCGUGACGUCGAGCACUCCAUUCAGCUUGUGCCUGACUAUCCGGAUGGAACCCUUUGUCUCUGCAUCGACUAUCGCGGCCUCAACCGCUACACGGUUAAGAACAGCUACCCCAUGCCUCGUUCCGAUGAGUUGUUCGACCGCCUAGCAGGCAACCGCUUCUUUACGAAGAUUGAUCUUUGUAGAGGUUACCAUCAGAUCCGCGUCGCUGCCGCCGACCAGCCGAAGACAGCGUUCCGAUCGCGCUUCGGUUACUACGAGUUUACGGUGAUGCCAUUCGGCCUCACCAAUGCACCCGCUACCUUCCAGAGGGCGAUGAACGACAUCUUCAGGGACAUCCUGGAACAGUACGUUCUCGUCUACCUCGACGAUAUCCUGGUCUACAGUCGYACCCUUGAGGAGCACCUCAGACACCUCCGCGACGUCCUUGACCGCUUGCGCAGACAUGGCUUCUACGCCAAGCUGAGCAAGUGCCGCUUUGCCCAGCACAAAGUGGACUUCUUAGGACAUUACGUGUCUGACCAGGGUCUCCACAUGGACGACGCGAAGAUCACUGCUAUUGCAGAGUGGCCCGCUCCCACAUCCGCCAAGCAGCUUCGCAACUUCCUAGGCCUGACCAACUACUAUAGUAACUUCAUCCGGGGAUACGCUAGGUAUUCCUACGUCCUUACCUCCACCCUCCUCCGGAAGAACACACCCUGGGCUUGGACACCCCUCCACGAGGACGCCUUCUGCGCCCUCAAAAAGGCGGUGACAUGCGCACCGGUUCUUCACCUACCCGAUUUUGAUCGCCCUUUUAUCCUUACCACCGAUGCAUCAGACUUUGCUGUAGGAGCAGUGCUUUCUCAGGUCUUCCCCUCCUCUCCUGAUUCCUCUCAUCCUCGUAUCCCUCGCUUCCCACCACCUACCCCUACCACUGCUUCCCGACUGACGCCUACUCGUCCAGCUACUAACGAACCUUCUAUUGAGUAUUCUCCUACCAUCGUCGAGUCUCGCUCAGGUGAUUGUCCGAUAACCUUCUACUCCCGUCAGCUCCUGCCCGCUGAGAUAAACUACACUGCUGAUGAACAUGAGGUUCUCGCAGUAGUUUAUGCCGCUCGGCACUCGCGUUUCUACCUGCACGGGGCACCGUUCACGGUGCGUACGGACAACUCCGUUGUCAAGGCUUUUCUGACGAAACCGAAGCUCACUCCUCGACAGGCUCGCUGGUGGCGCGACCUAUCCGAGUUUAGUUUYACCACUGAGCACAUCAAGGGUGAGACUAACCGGGUCGCAGAUGCUUUAUCCCGGCGCCCUGACCACGAUCAGGAGCAGAUCCAACUCUCUUCCAUCUCGGUCACCACCGUCCACCACUCGGUGAUCGACGAGUUUCGCACUCAGUACCGCCACCACCCCGACUAUCGCGACAUCCACGCGACCCUUCGGAGUGGCGAGACCGUCCCGAACUACUCUCUCGAGGACAAUGGUCUCGUGUACCGGCACGGUUCACAGGGCACCAGAGAGCCCCGUAUUUGCGUUCCCUCCACUGGACAGCUACGUGUCCGAGCAGUAGCAGAGUUCCAUGCCCAGGCAGCCGCUGGUCAUAUGGGCUUCCACAAGACGUUGGCUCGUGUGAGCCGCCUGUACGUCUGGCCGAAGUGCAAGGACUUUGUGAAGGACUACGUCGCAGAGUGUCCCACCUGUCAGGAGGUGAACAGUGCGAACCACCUGCCUUAUGGUUUGCUCCAGCCUCUUCCUAUCCUUGAGGGUCGUUGGCAGUCCAUGUCGAUGGACUUUAUCGGUCCUCUUCGACCUCCGACCCCCCGCGGUUAUGAUGCUAUCCUGGUCGUCGUCGACCGCUUCACGAAGCGUGCACGCUUUGUUCCGUGCCGCUAUGCCAUCAGUGCACGUGAGGUCGCCGACAUCGUAUUUGACCGAGUCGUCGAGGAUCGUGUAGCGGACCUCUAGUUGGUUGGCCUGUGAGACCAGCCCCUUGGUCU